AUGGCGACAGCACAACAUGAAGCCAAUCAUCCCCUUAUUAGAUGGUACAUUGACACUCGGCCCCUCACAUCCACCAUCUCGACUCUCCCCCUCCUAGAGACCCUACAACCCGACGACCAGGAGACCGUCAAACGCUUCUACCACCUCCGCGACAGACACAUGUCACUAGCCUCCUACCUACUCAAGUACCUCUUCAUCCACCGCGCAUGCCGCAUUCCCUGGUCAAAAGUGAAGGUCAGCCGCACCCCGGCACCACACAAGCGACCCUGCUUCAUCCCGGACGUCGACACCACCGCAAACACCAGCAAACCCAUCCCCGCCGUUGAAUUCAACGUCAGCCAUCAAGCCUCCCUCGUCGCGCUCGCAGGGACAACUAUCCCCACAAUCACUUCUACAACCCCCGCCCCAGCCCUUGCCGCCAUCACCCCCUCCCCCUCCACGCAAUCCCACCCGGGAAAAAACACCCCCGAAGUAGGCAUCGACAUCACCUGCGUCAACGAACGACGGAACACGCGCUCGCAACCCCCACCAACCAGCAUCCCCGAAUUCAUCUCCUUUGUCGACAUCUUCAGCGAAGUGUUCUCCGCGUGCGAAAUUUCCACCAUCAAAUCCCUGCACGGCAUCCCGGCACACCAGAACACGACGGACGCGCAACGCGUGGCCUACGGCUACCGUCUGUUCUACACGUACUGGGCGCUCAAGGAGGCGUAUAUCAAAAUGACCGGGGAGGCGCUGCUGGCGCCAUGGUUGAGGUUGUUGGAGUUUACUGAUGUUAGGGUCUUGGAUCCCGCUGCGGCCACGGGUGGGGAGGGGGAAUGUUGGAAUGGUCCGUAUACCGGUGUGCAGACGUGGUUGGAUGGGAAGAAGGUGGAGGGCGUGAGAAUCGAGGUGCUUGCUUUCCAGGAGGAUUAUUUGAUUGCGACGGCAGCGAGGGGCGCUGGGGUUGGUGCUGCUGGUGAAAAUGGGGAGGAGAGGUGGUUGACGAUGCAGGAUAUUGAGAUUGAGCGGGAUGUGAGGGAUUGUGCGUUGGGGAGGUGUAGAUGUUUGGAGUAG